CUGCCUUUCGGCGGACUCUUCCGGAGUGUCGUUGUUGACCGUGUGAGAGUUCAGAGUUCGUGUUGUGUUUUUGCUCUUAGCUAACAUUUUACCCAACAGUUUUCAGUGAUGUUAUGGCUUUCCUGAGCCUUUUCGUGAGGAGGCAGCUGCCGCAGGCUGUCACCUACUUCGCCCGGACUCUGAAGCUGGGCCGACCUCCGCGCUCCGCGGCCCCGCUGAGGAGAAUCCACGGGUCGGCGCAGCAGCGGACGGCUGAGAAGGGGUCGUGGGGGAAAAGCCGGGGCUCGGAGCAGCCGCUGCAGCUCUCAGACCUUGACAAGGCGGACGCUUUGAUACUAAGAAAGUCGCACGAAACAGGAUUCCUCUCGUGGUUCAGGAACGGCCUGCUGGCGACGGGGAUCGGAGUCAUCGCCUUCGUCCAGAGUGAAGUUGGACGAGAAGCAGGCUAUGCCUUCUUUAUCCUGGGAGGUGUGUGCGUGUCAUUUGGCGGCGUCUCGUACAUCGGCAGCCUCUUCACCUUGCGGAGGCUGAUGCUGCUUUCUGUGCCAGCUCUGCUGCUCCAGGGCGCCGUGGUGAGCAGCGUCGCCCUCUUCUGGCUCUGUGCUGUAUCGCUGUACAUAGGCCGACUGGAGGUGGAGAUCAUCCACGAGGAAGAGGACGGCGAGGACGAGGGGGAAUGCCGGGAAUGCAAAGAGAGGCGGGAACACCGGCCUUACCGGGACUCUGAGGACAGUGAUAGGAAAGGACCAAACAAGUAGAGGUCUUCCAGGAACCGAGUGUUUGUGUGGUUGAGUGUGCGCAUUCUGCUUUGAUUCAGGGUUGGUGUUAUUUGUGUAAAUCUAUUAUCUGCGGUCAAAAAAGAAAUCACAUAUUUUUUAGGUGAGUAAAGAAACCUAAAUCUUAUAGAAAAACUUGCUGGAGGAAAUGCUGGUAGGUGAACGUUUACAGUUUUGGUGAAUCAAUCCUCCUUUUUUUUUACGUUUUAAAAAAAGUACUUUUUUUGUUGUUGUAACUCCACAUCCUCAGUUAAGUUUUUGUGCCACUUUAUGCAGGUCUCUUGUUUUCUUUGACAACACUUGUUGGCUGCUGUUUUUCAUAUCAAAGUUGUCAAAAAUCUUAAAACAUGCUGUGAGAACUGGGGCGGACAUGUUCAAUCAUUUGCUAAAUUAGCUUUAUUCAAACAAAAAUCAAAGGGUUGACCUUUUACUAUUGCUUGUUUUUUUAAGUAAUAGCUGCACAUUUUUGUUUUUGCUCUCUGAAAGUGUAAAAUUCAGAGCUGUUUUUCUCAAGUGAUUUUUUUUUCUUCAUUUUUGUUGACAUCUAUGUACAGCAUCAGAAACAUUUGGAGUGUUGUUUCAAUGAUGGUUUUAAUGAAUGUCAAAAAGAAACCCAACGGUGAUUUUCUGUUUUUAUGUAGGCUUUGCUGUUGUAAACUUUUUUUUUCACUGUUUAUCGCAUUACAGUUUGUAAAGUAAUAAAGCCAGAUCCAUUCUGUUCUGAA